AUCAUCCAUUGCAAAGAUGAAAUCACUGUUCCAAAAAAAAAAAAAAUAGACAAAUUAACACACAGUUACUUCUCUCUCAAUGGAAGCAUCUCUGCUUUCUCUCUUUACUUUGGUCCUGCUAGUUGGUGGUGGUGUUCUUACUGCUGGACAAACAGGUCCCAGCUUUGAUCAAAACUAUUACAUUACAUUUGGAAAUGAUCAUAUUCGCUCUAUACGCCAAGGAAGAGAACUCCGGCUUGCUAUGGACAGAUCAACUGGCUCAGGAAUAGCAUCCAAAUUGACUUACAGCUCUGGCUUCUUUCAAAUGGAAUUAAAGCUUCCUGCUGGAAACUCAGCAGGAGUUGUUACAGCUUUCUACCUCAGAUCGCAAUCCAACAAUGCUCAUGAUGAGCUCGACUUCGAGUUCUUGGGUAACUUACCAGGGCUGCCAUAUACUCUUCAAACAAAUGUCUUUACAAGUGGUGUAGGAAAUAGAGAGCAAAGAAUCCAACUUUGGUUCGAUCCUACGGCUGCUUACCAUACUUACAGAAUCCUCUGGAACCCACAUCAAGUAGUAUUCUUUGUGGACAACAUUCCCAUAAGGGUUUACAUGAACAAGGUAAAUAUAGGAGUUGGGUACCCAUAUCAACCAAUGCAAAUAUUGACAAGCCUAUGGGAUGGAGAGAGUUGGGCAACAGAUGGAGGAAGAAUAAAGACUGAUUGGAGUCAAGCUCCAUUCAGAGCUUACUUACGCAGUUUUGAGAUUAAUGGAUGCCCUUCUAAAAACUCCAACACUGAUGAUCAGCAAUGUUAUACUAGUAAGUAUUGGUGGAAUGAAAAGCAAUAUUGGAAGCUUAACCAUGCCCAACAAAUCGAAUAUGAAGCUAUAAAGAAGUACCACAUGACUUACGACUACUGUUCUGACAGAAGCAGAACUCCAAAGCCUCCUCCUGAAUGCCCUCAGUGAUAAUUAUUGUAACAACUUCUGGUCUUAAUUUCCUUAUUUCAGUGUUUUAAUUUGGCUUCAAACACUAUAUUGUCAGCAAUUUAAUCCCUAGCUAUUCAGGUACUUAUUAUGUAACUUUGUUGAACUUAAUAAGGGACCAAAUAAUUAAUCAGUAUUGAAAAA